AGUGAUAAGUCAAUGUCCAGACUCCUAUCCAGUCCAGUGAGGACUGAGGACUGAAGAGCCAAAGCGUAUGAUAUGUAUUAAUGUUUUACCAAGCAUUUCUAAGCUUUUUCCAGCAUUGUGAUAAGUUUUCGCAACGAAAAUCUUCUAAUUAGUGUUAAAUUCAUUUGUAAUUGAGAAGAUUAUAAGUGAACGUUAUCAGCGUUAUAUCAAACAAGAAACGACGUUGUAUAUUUUCGUCGUUUGGAUAGCUUCUAAGCCAUAUGACGCAACAGCCGAUCAUGAAUAUUCUAUUUAACAAAGUUUGUUCCCGGUUCAUUUCAUUUCUCCUUGUGGCUUAAUUUAUUGUUAAAAUUACUUUGGAACGAGAAGGAUGAUUGCCAGUGAGCGAUAUUGCAAGCUAGCAAGCAAGGUGUAUUUCAAAGACUGAACCAUGAAUAUUUUGUGGUUCAACUAAAAUUUUAAGAUUAUAUUGCAAAAAUGCUGAUAACUAAUCAGUCUGCAACCUCUACAAAUCAAAGUGUAAACCCAAGUAUGCCGAGUCCAACUGGAGAAGUAAUGGAGGAGAAUCUAAAUAAGUUGAUAUCUUACCUCCAUCAAUUAGCUGGUACUUAUGAAGUUGAGGUAGAUGCAAUAUUGAAAGAUCACUGCUAUGCUCGACCAUGGAAUUGGAAACCAGAAAAUGCUUAUGUGAAACCUGUAAAAAAACUCUUCUUUCCUAAAUCAUCAGGUGGAUAUUUAAGAGACAACAAUCAAGAUGAAAUAGUCAAUGUUGAUGAGAAUGACUCAGAAACUAUAGCACCGCCAUAUGAUUUGGCCAAGAUGAAACAAUCGAUGGAUGAAUUUCAGAGAGUAGCUAAUUUUGUGAAGCCUGAAGAUACAGAUUCAGAUUGGGAAGAGAAAAUAGAUAAAAUAUUGUGGUCUUCAGUGCAAAAUCGAGUUUUUGCCAGAGUAGUUAGAAUAUUGAAUUCAGAAAGAGUAGCUAGACUAGCCAAAGUAACCAGUUUACAUGAACCUAUAUUGAGAAGGACAUCCAUUGAUACUACAGCAAAAAAGUUUCGGGAAUGUUUAGCAUCAGUGAAUUGGGAUUGGAGAAUAACUCAGUGGUUACACAGUUUAUUGUUUGACUACCUACCUCAAAAUUAUUUAGCCAUUUACUUGGAUAUUUUGCAGACUUUAAGGCAGAAAAUUCCUCAAUUGAUUGAUAAAAUGGUAGCUAUACAACCAAAUGUUAAUGCUAAAAGCCCUUCUUCAGUUACAUGGGAAACUUUAGGUCCACUUUUAAAAAAGUCUUGGGAUCCUGUUGGACCUAUUUUAAAUGCUAACAAACCAAAAAAAUUACCAGGAAAUCCAAUUUUAAUAAUUGUGCCAAGUGGUUUGUCAAUAAACAUGUCAUCACGACAACAUAAGUGGAUCACUCAAUUUGGUCACCUUGGAAUGGUGAUAACUGUAACUCCACACGUUGCCUUAACUACAAAUAGACUGACUGUGAUGGCUGGUAUUGAGCAACUCAUCCAAGCAACGAGAGGUAAAAUACAAGAUGCCAGAGCAGAUUAUCCCAGCCGGCCUAUUAUUUUAAUUGGCUUCAAUUCUGGAGCUGGAAUAGCUUGUCAAAUAGGCCAAAUGGAACACGUAACAGCAAUAGUUUGUCUGGGAUUUCCAUUCAGCACAGUAGAUGGUAGACGAGGUACUCCGGAAGAUACUAUUCUAGAUCUUCGUUGUCCAGUGAUGUUUAUAAUUGGUCAACACUCGACCAUCUCUCGGGUAGAUGAUAUCGAAGAUCUACGCGAACGAAUGUUGGUGGCGACAAACCUCGUAGUUGUUGGUUCGGCUGAUGAUCAUUUAAGGGUAUCUACAUCGAAAAAAGUUGCUGAGAAAAUAAGUCAAGGAAUGGUAGAUCGAUGCAUUCUUGACGAAAUUGCCGAUUUUAUUGGUAGUAUUCUUGUGCAACCGCAUCCUUUACCAUUGAGAGCACCAGGUAGGAAAAACGACAAUAGAAAGAGGAGAAAUUCUACAAAUAACUCGGAAGUCAAUGAUUCACAAUUACCGAGUCUAAAGAAAUUAAGGCCGCAGUCACCGCAACAAGUCAAUGCUACUGGAAAUUCAACAAUUACGACUAACAUGUUACCAAAGGGAACUCUCGUAGCAUUAACUGGAACGGCAGCAACACAAACUCCCAGAAGAAAAUCACGAACUGCUUAUGCAUCCGGCCAAACUGCUCAGUCGAGUAUUGAUAAUACGUCUGGCGGAAUUACACUAAACAUCGGCUCUUUUGCAAGCUUAUCGCCGGUAGGACCAAUCCGUUUUGAGCCAACAUCUAUAAGCUUGCAGACGCCUGGAAAAUCUGGUAAUACGAUCAAAACGACAAAUGCGUUCAUCAAAGUGUCGAAAAACAAUCAAGUGAAUAUAGGAGGUCCACAGAACGUUGCGAAGAUAAAAAUGAUCAUGCCAACGAAAAAAAUCGCGCAUAGGUCACCGGGUGGCAAACUAGGCGAGGUCAGCAUGGUUAAUGUCCUCGCGCCAUCCAGUGCUCAUAUUAAAAUAAAUCCUCCAGUAGCAGUAGGCAAUUUGAACACGACUCCAGGUACUAUAAUGCCGCCCAUCACCACUGUGAAAAAUCCAUUAAAUGCUGCAACGACGGGUAAACCAGCGAAUGUGCUUUUAGCCACGAAAGUCUCGCCGACGACAACCUCUAUCGCUACCACUACAACCUCGAUAAAAGUGGCGGACAUUUCAACGAUGGCUGUAAACAGGAAACCAGUGCAGAACCAGUCAUCGAGGCCACCGCCACCACUGGCUAAGACAAGUCGGUCCCCUAGCAAGAGCUUACACAGCUCCAAGCUACCUACUGAGCAAAACCAUAACAUUGAAGAUCUUGGCAACAUACUUGACAUCCCAAUAAUUAUUGCCAAGGAAGGUGAAAAUCUCGAGCAUUUGCAACCUAAUAAGAUGCCUAAAUUAUUAUUUAUUGGAAGUAGCAGUAUUGGUAAAAAUGAGUUACCUGUCAAAUACACCAAAUUUAUCAUAGCGAAAAGAACUGAUGAAGCGGAUGUCAACAGAAAUCCAUCGAUAAUUCUUACUAAAAAUCGAAGACCCAGUGGGAAACUACUUGUCCUAAAUUCUAAGGUUGAGGAACAGCCUAGAAAUCAAUUUAGUGAUGUACAAAAAACUCAGAAGUAAUUUUUUUUAAACGUGUAUUGUAUAUAGUAUACUUUAUUAAUCAUAUAAAAUUGAGUUCGCGUCAUUUUAUAUUUAACUGUAAAGACUGAUUGACUAACUGAUGAAGAUUCAGUAAAAUUGGUAGAUAAAUAUUUUCAAAAAUCAUAUGAAUAAUUAUAAAUAAUGACGAGUAAACAAAUGCAAUUAAUAUAGAGAUUUUAUUAUUCUAUUACUGACUAACAAGUAUAUAAAAAGUGGUUUUUAUGAUUUACUCGCUCAGUCUACAAGUAAAGCAAUUUGGUAGAAUAUAUACUUUUUGAAACAACAUGUAAACAUUAAAAAACGAAUUUAAAGGAAAAUUUGUUAUUUUGUACAUCGUAUAUUAUCUCAUAAAAAAGCUUGCGAUUUCUUUAUUGUUGAAUUUUAUUUUGAAUAAAAUAUUCUAAUAAAAUUAUGUUUUCGUUAUAAUUCAAUAAAAUAUUCCAGAAACAAUUUUCUAAACACUAGACUUAAUUGCUUUUUAAAACUCUGAUGAAUUUUUUAUGAUAAAGU